AUGUCGUUGCGACCUGAAGAUUUAGUUAUUCUUGAACCUGGUAAUGAUGGAGAUAGUGAUAUAGAUGUAGAAGUCGAUGAACUAUUUGGUAAUGAAGAAAAUAUAGAGGAAGAGAAUGAAAUGAUCCCGUCCAAUAUAUUUACACAAAUAGAUUGGGACAUUGCGAAUUCUGUUUGUGAACAAGGUUGUACAUUGACAGAUAGAAAUGUAUCUGUUGACACAUCUUGUUUAAUACAGAAGGGAAUGAUAUUUGACUCUAAGGAAGAUCUUAUGUUGGCUGUUAAGAGGUAUUGUGUGACACAACACUAUGAAAUUGUUGUAGUCAAAUCAAACCAACAUUUGUGGAAUAUUCGAUGCAAACAGUGGAGUAAUGGCUGCAACUGGAGGUUACGUGCUACGAAGCGUAAGAGCCACGGAUUGUUUGAGAUAACUAAGCUCCAAGGAGAGCACUCGUGUUUGUACUCAAAUCUAACACAAGAUCACUCACAGUUAGAUUCAAAUUUCAUGAGUGUUCAAAUUCAAAACAUGGUGAAAGCCGAUCCUACUAUUACUGUGCCUGUGCUUGUGGAAAUCAUAAAACAACAAUACGGUUACAGUGUUAAGUAUGGACGAGUUUGGCAAGCGAAGAAAAAAGCUUUGAUAACAGUUUUUGGUGAUUGGGAGAAAUCAUAUAAUGAGCUUCCAUACUGGUUGAGUGCUGUUGUACAUUAUAAUCCGGGAACUCGAGUUGAUUGGUUUUUUCUUCCAUCCGAUGUACCAGGUACAACCAUUUUUGGAAGGGUUUUCUGGUCAUUUGGUCCUGCAAUAGAAGGGUUCAAGCAUUGUAGACCAUUAAUUCAGAUCGACGGAACCCAUUUGUAUGGAAAGUAUAAGGGAAAAAUGUUAACUGCCUUAUCGAUUGAUGCAAAUGGUCAUAUAUUUCCUCUUGCAUUUGCUAUAGUGGAAGGGAAAAACACGUCUAGUUGGUCAUGGUUUCUUCAUGCACUUCGCGAAUACGUUACUGAUCAAUAUGGUAUUUGCUUGAUCUCUGACAGACAUAGGGGCAUUCUUUCUGCCAUUAACAAUGAAGAGGUAGGUUGGAGUGAACCUCGAGCUGUCCAUCGAUAUUGUCUUCGUCAUGUUGCUAGCAACUUCAAUCAGAAAUAUAAAUCAAAGCAACUUGGUGUUUAG